AAAGGGGAGCGAAGGGGGUCCCAAUUUCGAAUCUCCUUCUAUUUUGCUUUGGUGUUGAUCACCGCGGCCAAGACAUCGCGACAUUAUUUCCCCAGUCCCUUUUUUUUUCUCUGCUCAUUCUCUUCUGUUCGAGUUCCGUCUUCUCUUCUAACGUGGGGAUUAUUACCUACAUGUACUGUACCUCAUUUUCCCGUCGACUUGACCAGAUUUCAAAUUUCAGAUUUCAGAUUUCAUACUUCAUACCCCGGCACACGCUGUCGUAAUCUUUCUUUAUCCGACCGGUUAUCCGUCACAGAGUUAACCCCUUACACUCAUUUUUUCCUAUUGAAUUUUUUAGACGAACCCUUCGGACGACAUUACGUCUUGUACAGACGAUUUCUUGUUUGAGUAGAAGUAGAUACGGUCGCGAAUUUGACCUGUUACGUAUCGCUGAUCAAAUUCCUAGUUAAGGAAUCUGAUAUAGAAUAUUGAGUUGAGGGAGUGACUCUGGAUCGAUAUUUCCACCUCGCCCUUUACUAAAUUCUCGAUAUUUGGCUUAGCAAGAUAGCUACCGCCACCUCGCCAUGUUCCAGGCUAUUAAUGAACUUCUUUAAAUUUCGCGAUAUCCGACUUAUAGCUUCGUCCGCCCAUAAGCCGCAUAUAAUCCACCCAAUCGGUUCGGUAUGAUGCUAGCGGUGCAACCGCGUCGGUUAUUAUCGCGACCGAGAGGUCUAUUGCUUUUCGCAGUCCUCGCCGCAACCCUCUACUGGUUCUUGUUACACGGGACUGCUACUCUCCAUACUACGAGAUGGUAUGAUGGGCGAGCUGGAUCAGUACAAGUUCCCCUAAAGGAAAAUACCGAAUCCCAACAGGUCCAGCAAGCCCAACAACAAACCCAGCAGCAAGCCCAGCAGCAAGUCCCUCUACCAGCGAACCAACAGAGUAGUAGCGAUCAAGGCGAACAGAGUCAACAAAACCAAUACACCGAAACUGAGUCACAUAAAAAGACAGAAGAGGAGAAAAAGAAGGAAGCAGAGGAACAAAGAGAAGAGAACCUCCGAGAACAGUUUGAUAGAGAAUAUGAGGCACUUGCUAAAGAGCCUGGCGCCGAUGCACUAUUUGGGCAAACACUCACUACUCUUGAGCCUUCCAAGAAACGGUCGCUACAAAUCGAGGAACACCUGACGCCCGCCAUAUCUAAGACUUAUUUCAGUGACCACCAACCAUAUAUCUACAACCCGUAUCCUAAAUAUAAUGAGAAAGCCUGGCUUGACGAAAGGGCCAAGUAUGUAUCUUGUGAAGGCCCAGGCGGCACAUCGGGAGGGGAUGUAAUGGUUUUCAAAGGACAACCCAAGGCAUUUCCUGAGCCCGGAUUUGGAAGCUACGAUGUCCUUGGCAUGGAUGGAAACUUGUGCUAUGAGCGUGAGACGAGAUUGGGUGUAUACGGUUUCCAGGCGGACAACGACACCUCGAAACCAUCGGUUGACUGGGACAAGGUCCGCUGGGGAGACUUGCAGGAAAAAUGCGCUCAAAAGAACAAGGCCCGAUACAACCUGCAAGGGCAUUCCAAUCCUUACCUUACGACAGUCUACUCGCGCGACAACUCGAGUUCAAAUGGCGAGACUAGCCUUGGUUCGUCGGAAUUGCCCCUGUAUAGUCUUGGAAAAGCUAGCCCGCCAUUGCGUCACAAGAGGGGGCUUCCUGAACAACCUAAGUCUGGCAAAUCUAAACCUCUAGCUGGUUCUGAAGCGAGAACCGCUCUCUUGCUACGGACUUAUACUGGCAAGGAAUACAGUGAGAAUGACAAGCAGGUGAUUCGAUCAUUAAUCACGGAGCUUUCGAUACGCACCGGCGGCCUAUACCAGGUGUUCUUGUUUGUCCACGUCAAGGAUACGGCGUACGCAAUUUGGGAUGACGAAGAAACGUAUCAAUAUGUCCUCCAGAGGAAUGUUCCCCCGGAGUUCAGGGAUAUUGCGGUUCUCUGGAAUGAUGAAGCCACGCAGACAAUGUAUCCGAAGAUCGACCCUAAGAAGGCGACCGUACAUGUCUCGCAGUGGUUAUCAGUCCAAAAGUUUGCUCAGGAGUUUCCCGAGUUUGAUUAUAUUUGGAAUUGGGAAAUUGAUGCAAGAGUAACUGGUCAUCAUUAUGACUUUGUUGAAAAAUUGGCCACUUUCGCCAAGCGGCAGCCUCGCCGAGGAUUAUGGGAACGUAACGAGCGAUACUAUAUCCCAUCUAUUCAUGGGGAUUACGAUACACAGUUUCGAAAGGAGGUAGAGCGUGUGUCGGGGAAGGACACGGUCUGGGGUCCUCCGAAGCUACCGUUUGUUACCCCUAUUGGACCGAAACCUCCGGUUGCAAGUCCCGAAGAUGACAACUACAAAUGGGGUGUCGGCGAAGAGGCAGACCUCAUUACCGUUGCCCCUAUUUUCAACCCGCUCAAUAGUUCAUGGAUCAGUGGUAAUGAGUUGUGGGGAUUUAAUGACUCUACACAUGCGACUACAGAUCUGCCAAGAAGAGCUACUAUUGUCACGCAUUCGAGAGUGUCGAAGAAACUUCUCGAUAUCAUGCACGUCGAGAAUCUUCGGGGAAACCAUAUCUCAUCAGAAAUGGUCACGCAGACCACCGCGCUACUACAUGGCCUUAAGGCAGUUUAUGUCCCAAUGCCUGUCUUCUUUGACCGACCUUGGAAAGGCAAGGACCUCGCCAAGUGGUUCAAUGGUGGUCUGAAAGGAGAAAGUGGUGGCAUCGGUUGCGCUAUGGGCUGGGGGCGUGAGGCGAGAUACCGUGGAAGCACUUGGUAUUAUCGGGCAAACCCACCGCAGCGACUCUACCUCAACAUGAUGGGUUGGGAAGAUACUAAUCUGGGCGGCGAAGAUUGGGAAGAGACGUACGGACGGCCCUGUUUACCGCCUAUGCUACUCCACCCUAUAAAAGAUAUCGAACCCACCGAACCUGGAUAUAAGAGCGAGUCAAACCUUCCCUACUCCUAAGCGGAUAAGAAUCUAUCGGCAUUUAAAAAAUUAUUACCUUACUACCCGCGCCAGAACUCCGUACUCUACCAUCGUUAAGGAAUGGGCCUAGCGUUUAGGACCUUUUGACGACUCUUUUGAAACUCAGGAUUUCCUAUCCGUGCGACGAACUACUAUUAGAUUCAGUCUAACGACUAAAUCGAUAUGAGAUACCCAAGUAUUCUUAGCUGGGUUCGGUUAUCACAUCAAUAUCAGCGCUUCGCGUGAUAGAAUUCUAGUCGACUAGCUUGGUCCCAGCCUUUCAAAAGCAAGCGAAGGCCAUUUUCUUUAGAUCGAGCUUCUAGAAAUUCGGCAUUUAGAGAGGCGAGUGUGCAAGACGCGACUCGGACAAAAAGGACACGAAAAGAAAGAAGAUGCGAUCAUGGCGAGGGAAUUAAACUCAUCGCAUUGCUUGGCGUUUCGCAUACCUGGCGUCAGAUUUGAUAUUUACGCCGAGCUUCGUCUCGGCUACGAAGAGAUUCAUUGCAUGUAUGGAUUCCAGAUCGGUCACGAAUCAACUCUUCCAGCUUCCUAGUCCUAGACGGACUAAGGUGCGCUGCGAGUUUUUCAAAGUAGAUAUGUUAUGUUAUGUACAUACCCAUUUGUAAAUGAAUAUAUUUAGCCAUG